AUGGGGAAAAUGCUCCAAAUCUGUGAGCUGAUCAUAUGGGACGAAUGUACGAAUGCCCACAGAGAGGCUCUAGAAGCUCUUGACAGGUUGUUGACAGAUUUACGGAAUAACGAGAAUCUUUUUGGUGGGGCUCUCAUUCUACUUUCGGGCGAUUUUCGACAAACGCUACCGGUCAUUCCGCGUGCGACACCUGCUGAUGAAAUAGGCGCCUGUUCAAAAGCGUCGAAACUUUUGCGCCACGUAAAGAUGUUAUACUUGAAAAUUAACAUGCGAGUCCUCAGAGAUAAUGAUACAUCCGCCAGCACAUUCGCCAAUCAAUUGUUGGACAUAGGAUGUGGGAAAAUGCAAGCGAACGGAGACACUCAGACCGUGACCCUCCCGAAGAAUUUCUGCACUCUGACAGCGAGCCAAGAGGAACUGAUCCAGAAUGUUUUUCCGAAUAUCACAGAGAAUCACCGAGAUCACAAAUGGUUGAGCACCCGGGCCGUACUGGCACCAACGAACAAUGACGUAAAUACGAUCAAUUCAUCUAUUCUAAAUGAGAUAUCAGGAAACGAGAAGACCUACACAUCGAUUGACAUCAUGUUGAAUCAAGAGGAGGCCGUGAAUCAUCCAAUUGAAUUUUUAAAUUCUCUCGAUAUACCGGGCCUGCCGCCGCACGAAUUGACCUUGAAAAUUGGCGUGCCAAUCAUCCUUCUUCGAAACAUUAACUCACUUAUGCUAUGUAAUGGUAUUAGACUUGCGGUAAGAGCUCUAUCAAACAACGUUAUUGAAGCAGUCAUUAUGAACGGAAAAGAGGGAAAAAUCGUUCUCUUGCCUCGAAUACCGAUGAUACCGACUGAACUUCCGGUCGAGUUCAAGCGACUGCAAUUCCCGGUGCGAUUAGCCUUCGCGAUGACGAUAAACAAAGCUCAAGGGCAAACAUCAGGUGUUUGCGGGUCGGAAUUAAUGAACCCAUGUUUUUCCCGUGGUCAACUCUACGUAGCUUGCUCAAGAGUCGGUAAGCCAUCGAAUCUAUUCGUCCAUACCCCAGAUGGCAAAGCUAAGAAUAUCGUCUAUCCCGGCGUUCUAUGUAGAAUGAUAUGA